CCCCCCGCCGGCCCGACGCGCACCACCGAGCACUGCGCGCUACAGCGGCCGCCGCGGCGGCUCCAAGCCCUACCGCCCACCAUGAAGAAACUGGCGAGGAAGGGAUGCGACCACAAGCGCUUCCUGAAGAAUAACUGGCUGCUGCUCUCCACCGUCGCCGCGGUGGUGCUAGGGAUUGGCAUAGGAGUCUUGGUUCGAGAAUACAGCAAACUCUCUAAUCUGGAGAAGUUCUACUUUGCCUUUCCUGGAGAAAUCCUAAUGAGGAUGCUGAAACUCAUCAUUUUGCCACUAAUUGUAUCCAGCAUGAUCACAGGUGUCGCUGCAUUGGAUUCCAACGUAUCUGGAAAAAUUGGGCUGCGUGCUGUUGCAUAUUAUUUCUGCACCACUCUCAUUGCUGUCAUUCUAGGUAAAAUUUAUCACUGCGACAUCCUGGAGGCAAUUCAGGCUUUGGCCCAGAGUAAGGACACGUCUCGAGAAAAUGUCGUGGGUGUCCCCUUCAAGCUGACUCAAAUCAAGGGAUCAGGACCGGAGGGGAGCCCUUGUUCCUCCAAAGUGACCAGAUUUAAGGAAGUUGCUGUGUUUCGGGCCAGGGGCCCUGAAGGAAGAAAUGGGUGUCUAACUCCUUUCGUGCUGGUGUGUUUUGGCUACAGUGUCACAGCCACAGCUGCCAGCAUCGGAGCUGCGGGUGUACCCCAGGCUGGCCUGGUGACCAUGGUGAUCGUGCUGAGUGCUGUGGGCCUGCCCACUGAGGAUGUCACCCUGAUCAUCGCUGUCGACUGGUUCCUGGACCGGUUCAGGACCAUGGUGAACGUCCUUGGUGACGCCUUUGGGACGGGCAUCGUGGAGAAGCUGUCUAAGAAGGAGCUGGAGCAGAUGAGUGUUGCAUCUGACGUCAACUUCACGAACCCCUUUGCUGUGGAAACCACAACACUCGAUAAUGAAGACUCAGACGCCAAGAAGUCCUAUGUCAACGGAGGCUUUGCCAUCGACAGAUCUGACACCGUCUCAUUCACCCAGACCUCACAGUUCUAGAGCCCUGGCUUCAGUAAGAAACCAGAAAUUGUGCCAAAGAGCAUGGAGACGUGAAUACAUGCUCAGUGUUGACCACCUGCACCUGAAGUCUACAGGAGCAUGAUACUGAAUUGUCCAGUAAUCAUCAUAGAUAUGAACCAGUCAUUCAAUGUGAGUUUUUAAAUGCAAAGAAUGGUAUCGUUUAUAGAAAGUCAAUCUAAAUAUAAUGCAGUUGAGUUGGUAAUUUAUCUUGGGCUGAAUGGUUCUACCCCCUUAGCAGGUUUCUCCGAUGUGAGGCACCAGAGUUGCAGAGCUGUUCAUGAACUGCGGGCCAUCCUUAUUUUGGAGUCCGUUUGUAACUGACCUCUUAACACACUGUGCUGUUAGUUCAUCAAAGAGAACAAUGUUCCAUUUCAGUCUCAAUAAACAUUUCCAUCAUUCUUUCU